UAAAAGAACAUUUAGGUACCUUCAAAGAGAAAUAAUUAUCUUUUUCCUUAAAUCGAUUUAAUGAAGUCCUAAAGUGUCGAAUAUGGAGAUCGGGUCGAGCUUUCUUCAUAUGCACGACAUUAUCAGCCUGUUUGCUGAAGGAAAUGUCUCUGGAUUUUUGAGUACUCUGGGAUUGGUAGAUGACAGAAUUGUUGUUUGUCCGUCUGCUGGUGACCUGACAAAUCCUCCGAAAAAGUUUCGGGACUGUCUGGUGAAACUGUGUCCCAUGAACCGAUACUCAGCUCAAAAGCAAUUCUGGAAAGCAGCAAAACAAGGAUCAAACACCGAUACAGGUCUCUUAAAGAGACUACAUCAUGCAGCUGAGAUUGAAAAGAAACAAAACGAAUCGGAAAAUAAAAAACUGCUUGGAGCGAUUGUGCAAUAUGGGAGUGUAGUUCAACUAUUACAUUUGAAAUCCAACAAAUAUGUGACGGUAAAUAAGAGACUUCCCUCACUGUUGGAGAAAAAUGCGAUGAGAGUGUAUUUGGAUGCAAAUGGAAACGAAGGAUCGUGGUUUUACUUGAUGCCGUUCUACAAACUUCGGUCAACAGGUGAUAAUGUUGUGCUUGGUGAUAAAGUCAUUUUGAAGCCCGUUAAUGCAAAUCAACAAAAUUUGCAUGUUUCUGCAAAUUACGAAUUACUAGAUAAUCCGGGAUGCAAAGAAGUAAAUGUAUUGAAUUCAUCUACAUCUUGGAAAAUAACACUGUUUAUGGAACACAGAGAAAAUCAAGAUGACAUAUUGAAAGGCGGAGAUGUAAUCAGGCUCUUCCAUGCUGAACAAGAAAAAUUUCUCACUAUGGAUGAAUAUCGAAAGCAACAACAUGUUUUUCUCCGUACAACAGGUCGUACUAGUGCCACAGCAGCAACAAGUAGCAAAGCGCUGUGGGAAUGUGAAGUCGUUCAACAUGAUCCGUGUCGAGGAGGCGCAGGACAUUGGGAUUCUUUGUUUAGAUUCAAACAUUUGGCUACAGGUUAUUAUUUGGCAGCCGAACUUGAAACGGACAUGGUUGGAUCUCUUAAUCUCGAGAAUAUUCAUGAGCAAUCUCAGCACGUAGACGGUUUCAAAUUGAUAAGUGUUCCGUACUCUACAGACAUCGCAACGGUUUUUGAGCUCGAUCCCACAACGUUAACUAGAGGCGAUAGCCUAGUUCCACAAUCAAGCUAUGUGCGCUUACGUCACUUAUGUUCAAAUACUUGGGUACAUGCAACAUCAAUCCCAAUCGAUAUAGAUGAUGACAAGCCAGUUAUGUCAAAAGUUGGAUGCUCCCCAAUCAAAGAGGACAAAGAAGCAUUUGCAUUGAUACCAGUUUCGCCUGUUGAAGUAAGAGAUCUAGAUUUUGCAAAUGACGCAUGUAAGGUCCUGUCUGCUAUGAGUACGAAGCUAGAGAACGGAACGCUAUCAACAAAUGAAAGAAAAUCGUUGUCAGCAUUAUUGCAAGACAUUAUUUAUUUUAUAGCCGGUCAAGAGAAUGAGCAGAACAAAAGUGAGGCUCUUGAGCUAACGAUUAACAAUCCCAAUCGUGAUCGUCAGAAACUGUUACGAGAACAGUACAUAUUGAAACAGCUUUUUAAAAUAUUACAGGGUCCCUUUAUUGUGCAAACCUCAGAUGGCGAGCCUUUUUUGAAAAUAGAAGAGCUUGGAGAUCCAAAAAACGCACCCUUCAAGCAUAUAUUUCGCUUGUGUUACAGAAUACUUCGUUUAAGUCAACAAGAUUAUCGAAAAAAUCAAGAGUAUAUUGCAAAGCAUUUUGGUCUAAUGCAAAAACAAAUUGGUUAUGAUAUUUUGGCAGAAGAUACGAUUACAGCUCUGUUACACAACAAUCGAAAACUUCUAGAAAAACACAUAACCGGGGCUGAAAUAGAGACAUUUGUUGGAUUAGUGCGAAAGAACAUGGUGGAUUGGGAACCAAGGUUCUUAGACUAUUUAUCCGACUUAUGUGUUUCAAACAAGAAAGCAAUAGCAGUUACGCAAGAACUCAUUUGCAAAAGUGUGUUAAGCCCCAAGAAUUUAGAUAUACUAAUUGAGACUUUUAUGGUCGAUUGUGAUAAAAAACGCGAGCUAAAUGAAGAAAAAUUGGCGAGUAUUUUGGAAUUCAAGGAUCAUGAAACUAAUGAAAGCGAAACGUCAGAGGUGCUGAAAGAAUCGUCCAAUAACAAAGAGAAGGACAAAAUGAAAGAAGUUGUUUUAAUAUGGCACAACAGACGUCGUUUCAAACCGAUUUUUGAACUUGCCAAAGGAGUCAAAUUAGGCAAAAAGGAAGACAAGGGAAUCAUCGAUUACUAUCGUCACCAACUCAAUCUUUUUUCGAAUAUGUGCUUGAAUCGCCAGUACCUAGCACUUAACAACUUGUCGCCACGAUUGAAUAUUGAUUUGAUUUUGCGCUCUAUGGCCGAUGAAAAUAUUCCCUACGAAUUGAGAGCCUCCUUUUGUAAACUAAUGUUGCACUUACAUGUUGAUCGAGAUCCACAAGAGCCUGCAAAUCCGAUUCAAUAUGCAAGACUUUGGUCCGAAAUUCCAUCAGUUAUGUCAAUAUAUGAUUAUGAUAGCAAUAAACAACCAGACACCAAUAAAGAAGAGGUUCGUGCAAAGUUCAACUCAACAAUUACUUUUGUGGAAAAUUAUUUGUGUAAUGUAGCAUCAAAAAUGUGGCUUUUUAGUGAUGCUGAACAAAAUAAGCUAACAUUCGAAGUAGUUAAAUUAGCACGCGAUUUAAUUUAUUUUGGAUUUUAUAGCUUCAGUGAUUUACUUCGAUUAACAAAAACACUACUCAGCAUUCUUGAUUGUGUGUCCGAGACUGAUUUUGGAGAUAAUAAUCUUCCGACAGGAGAUAUUGAAUCUGAAGGAGGUGUUUUGAGAAGUAUCGGUGACAUGGGAGCUGUAAUGACGUCCCUCACACUUGGUUCAAUAAGUACCGCAAUUGUAGCGCCCUCAAUUUCGGUGCAACAAAGACAAUCUGUGACUCAAUUGAUGAAAGAGUAUCCAUUGGUUAUGGACACGAAACUGAAAAUUAUCGAAAUAUUACAGUUUAUAUUAGAUGUCCGUUUGGAUUACCGUAUCAGUUGUCUAUUGUCGAUAUUUAAACGUGAAUUUGAUGAAACAGAACACCUGAAUUCAGAUUCCGUGAAUAUGCGGCAAAAAAAUAUUGACCUAGAAUCGAUCAGUAGUCAAGCAGAAAAUAUAUUUGGAAGUUCUUCGGAAGACUCGUCCAAUCUUGAUCUAGAUGGACAAGGAGGAAGGACCUUCUUACGUGUCUUACUACAUUUAAUAAUGCACGAUUAUCCUCCAUUAGUAUCAGGGGCAUUACAUUUGCUUUUUAGACACUUUAGUCAGCGUCAGGAGGUUUUACAUGCAUUUCGACAAGUCCAGUUACUUGUGUCUGAUAGUGAUGUUGAAUCGUACAAGCAAAUUAAAUCAGAUUUGGACAUUCUAAGACAAAGUGUUGAAAAGUCCGAAUUGUGGGUUUUCAAAUCAAAAACAUACGCAGAGGAAAACUUGGGAGGGGGCAAAAAGAAAAAUGACAGUGAAAAACAUGAUUAUGGCGAUGAAGAACCAAACAAGUUGAGUACGUCCGAGCAACGAGAUACCCAAACAUUACAUCCAGAUCAAGAAAUCGAAUAUCGAAAAAUAGAAGAAAUUCUUACAAGAAUGAAUAAAUUGUGUAAAGUCUCAGAUGCCAGUGAAACAUCAAAACCAAGAAAACAUGAACAGCGAUUGCUGCGAAAUGUUGGUGUCCACGUGGUUGUAUUAGAUUUACUUCAAAUACCAUUUGAUGAGAAAGAGGACGUUCGUAUGCAUGAACUUAUGCGAUUAGCACAUGAAUUUUUGCAAAACUUUUGUCUUGGUAAUCCCCAAAAUCAAAUUCUUUUGUAUCAACAGUUGGAGUUGUUGUUUCUUAACCCCGGUAUUCUUGAAGCUGAAACUGUUUGUGCGAUUUUCAAGGACAACUUAUCGUUGUGCAAUGAAGUUGGUGAAAAAGUGGUGCAGCAUUUUGUGCAUUGUAUUGAGGUUCACGGGCGUUAUGUCGAAUAUUUAAAAUUUUUACAAACUAUCGUUAAAGCUGAAAAUCAGUUUAUACGAAAAUCGCAAGACAUGGUUAUGCAAGAGUUGGUGAAUGCUGGCGAAGAAGUCCUUGUGUUCUACAACGACAAAUCUUCUUUCAACACUUUUAUUGAUAUUAUGCGCCAAUACAAAGAGGGAACAUUGGUGGACGAUAGUCCUUUGAAGUAUCACAUUGAACUAGUUAAAUUGCUUGGAUGCUGUACAAUGGGAAAAAAUGUUUAUACCGAGAUAAAAUGCAAUAGCCUCUUAGCCCUAGAUGAUAUUGUUGCUAUGAUAUGUCAUCCCGACUGCGUUGUUGAAGUAAAAGAAGCCUAUGUGGGUUUUCUAAAUCAUUGUUACAUAGACACAGAAGUAGAAAUGAAAGAAAUUUAUUCAUCAAAUCAUAUGUGGAGCCUUUUUGAAAAGUCAUUUUUGAUUGACAUGGAGCAACUUAUCAAUAGCGGGCUCAAACCUGAUUCCGCAUUGGAAAAUUAUGUAAUCAAUGAAAUUAUGAUGAUACUUGUUUCUUAUUUUAACAGUCCGUUUAGUGACCAAUGUACUACAGUCCAAAAACGUCAACUAAUAUUUGUGCAAUUGCUGCAAUCCGCCUAUAGGAUUUCACAAUGCAAGUGGUUGACGCCCGCAAAAAGAUUCAACGUAGAGAACUGCAUACGUACACUUUCGGAAAUUGCAAAAUGUCGAGGCAUAGCCCUGCCUUCGGACUUGGAUGCUCAAGUUUUAGUAAUGUUUAAUAAAACAGCUAUGUUGACACGUCAAACAAGCAAAUGGUUACUAGCGUCUAAGCAAACUAAACUUGAAAAAUCACAAUCACAAAUAAUGCGACUUGAUAGAAGUAUCAUCGAAGGAUUGCAAGAUAUUGUAUCACUUUUAGAGGAUCAGUUAAAACCUCUUGUAGAAGCGGAACAAUCUUUGUUAGUUGACAUUUUAUAUAGAUCUGAAUUACUUUUUCCUUUAGGAACAGAAUCUCGUAAAAAAUGUGAAAGUGGCGGGUUCAUUAGAAGAUUAAUUAAACAUACGGAAAAAUUGUUGGAAGAGAAGGAAGAAAAACUGUGUGUGAAGGUUUUAAGGACACUUAGGGAAAUGAUGGCUAUAGAUUCUGACUACGGUGAAAAGGGAGCCGUUUUGCGAUUCAAUCUGCUAAAACGAUUUUUUGGUAAUGAAUUUUGUCGUAAACCUAGUAAUGCUGGAGAUGAGAAACGAGUAGUUUCAGCUAAUACUGCUGUUAUUCAUGGUCCUGGAGCAAAAUACUUGAAGCGGGCAGGAAGGUCUUUACAUGAAGUGCAAAAUCAUUUAGACAAGGAAGGUGCCUCAGAUUUAGUUGUAGAAUUGGUCAUUAAAUCUGUCAAUUCGCCAUCAAUAUUUGUUGAGGCAGUAGAGUUAGGAAUAGCAUUAUUGGAAGGUGGCAACUCUAUUAUACAAAAAGGAAUGUUUAACAAAUUCCAAAGUAACGAUUUGAGUCAAGCUUUUUUCAAAGUAUUUUACGAUAAAAUGAAGGACUCACAACAAGAAAUCAAAUCAACUGUCACUGUUAACACAACUGAAAUGAACGUCAAAGCUAAUGAGAAUAAGCAAGAUGUGCGUGAUGUAGAAAAGUUUAGUAGAAAGCACGCAAAAUCGAAUGGUAUCGUCAUCACAGAUGAAUUCCGUGAAGAGUUAAAUACAGCAGGUUUGGCGACAUCUAAGGCAUAUGCAAGUGCAAGAAGCCUCUCUCCGGGCGAAGACACGUCAAUUACAAAUAUUGGGAGCGCUUUGGAAGAUAUGUUGGCUGAAAAAAUGGAAAAGCACAAAGAUAAAGACGAAAAGAAUAAGUUGUCUGCCAAGGUUUUAGUUAUGCAACCUAUUCUACGAUUUCUUCAGUUGCUGUGCGAAAACCAUAAUCCUGAUAUGCAAAACCUUUUGAGAAAUCAACAUUAUAAGACUAAUUAUAAUCUUGUGUCUGAAACAUUAAUGUUCUUAGAUUGCAUAUGUGGCUCUACAACCGGUGGCUUAGGCUUACUAGGAUUAUACAUCAAUGAAAAUAACGUUGCUCUUAUCAAUCAAACACUAGAGACUUUGACAGAGUAUUGUCAAGGCCCAUGUCACGAAAAUCAAAAUUGCAUUGCAACUCACGAGUCUAAUGGUCUUGAUAUCAUUACUGCAUUAAUACUGAAUGAUAUUAAUCCUUUGGGAAAAAAUAGAAUGGAUCUUGUGUUGGAGUUGAAAAAUAAUGCUUCCAAAUUACUGCUUGCCAUAAUGGAAUCUCGUGGAGAUAGUGAAAAUGCAGAAAGAAUUCUGUACAACAUGAAUCCAAAACAACUAAUUGAUGUCGCAUGCCGUGCUUUUCAUCAAGAAGAAGUAUUGUUGGAUGAUCAGGAUGACUUGAACGGAGGAGAAGACAACGACGACAUAGGCGUAUCUCCAAAAGAAGUAGGACACAACAUUUAUAUUUUGAGUCAUCAGUUGGCUCAACACAAUAAAGAAUUGGCUUCAUUGCUGAAGAAUCGCGAGAACAGCGGGAUUGAUGCCAAAAAUAAUAAGGCUUUGUCUUACUAUGCAACUCAUACAGCACAAAUUGAGAUUGUCCGACAAGAUCGUAGUUUGGAACAAAUUGUUUUUCCCAUUCCGGAACUUUGUGAAUACUUAACUGAAGAUACAAAAGUAACGGUUUUAAACACUGCAGAAAGAGAUGACCAAGGUUCAAAAGUUGCUGACUUUUUUGAUAGAACAGAUAGCAUGUUCAUCGAAAUGAAAUGGCAAAAAAAGUUAAGAGCUCAACCAGCAUUGUUUUGGAUUAGCAGUUUGGAAACACUUUGGAGCAAUAUUUUGUUUAACUUUGUUCUUUUGAUCAAUUUGAUUGUGGCAUUUUUCUAUCCUUUCGAAAAUAACGUCCCAGAAUUAAGUUUUUACUUUUCCAAUUUAAUUUGGGGUGCAAUACUGGUAUCUUUUAUAUUCGUCAUAAUGUUGCCAAAGACUUCGUGUAUCAGAGCAUUUGCCGCAACUCUAAUAGUUCGGCUAAUAUUUUCUAUAGGUCCCGAGCCUACUUUAUGGAUAUUAGGAUCAUUAACGGUGGGUCUUAAAGGAAUACACAUGGUUAGUAUUAUGGGCAAUCAUGGUACGCUAGAGAAGAAAUUGACAGCAAUUCUAACCGAUGCUGAACUUUUAUAUCACUUUGGUUACAUUACAUUUUGUACGUGUGGAAUCUUAUUACAUCCAUUCUUUUACUCAGUGCUGUUGUUUGAUAUAGUGUAUCGAGAAGAAACUUUAUUGAACGUCAUUAGAUCGGUUACGAGAAAUGGUAGAUCUAUUAUACUGACAGCAAUCUUAGCUCUAAUUCUGGUGUAUAUGUUUUCCAUUGUCGGUUACAUGUUCUUCAAAGAUGAUUUCUUAAUUACCGUGGAGGAAGAAUCAAAUCUUGAAAAAGAUGAAAGAGUAGAAAGCCACAUGUUGCCAAAGGAAAAUGAUAUUUGUGGAAUGGUAGAUGGCGGAGGAGAAACAAAAGAGAGAGCAUGUGAUUCUUUGCUGAUGUGUAUCAUAACAACUUUAAAUCAAGGCUUGAGGAACGGAGGGGGCAUUGGUGAUAUCCUUAGGGCCCCAAGUAGCAAAGAGAGUCUGUUUGUAGCCCGAGUAAUUUAUGACUUAAUUUUCUUCUUCGUUGUCAUAAUUAUCGUUCUGAAUCUUAUCUUUGGUGUUAUUAUUGAUACAUUUGCUGAUCUGAGAAGUGAAAAGCAACAAAAAGAAUUAAUUUUGAAGAAUACUUGCUUUAUUUGCGGUCUGAACAGGUCUGCUUUUGAUAACAAAACUGUCAGUUUCGAGGAACACAUCAAACACGAACACAAUAUGUGGCACUACUUGUAUUUUAUUGUUUUAGUAAAAGUAAAGGAUCCUACUGAGUUUACUGGUCCUGAGAGCUAUGUACACGCAAUGGUUAAGGAUUGUAUAUUGGAUUGGUUCCCACGACUAAGAGCAAUGUCUUUGGCAGCGAUCGAUGGAGAUGGAGAACAAAUUGAACUUCGAACCUUACAAUUGCAUUUAGAAUCAACUCAGACAUUGGUAUCGAAGUUAUCUGUUCAACUUAUGGAACUAAAAGAUCAGAUGACGGAACAAAGGAAACAGAAACAACGAUUAGGACUCCUCAAUCCAACUUCUUCUGCAUCAUAUCAGUUUAAUAAUUUACAACUGGUAUAAGAUGGAGAAACAAAUAAUGGAAACAUGGAGUGUAUCGUACUUCAAAGUAAAAUGUAUACAAUAAUUUUCUGUUAUAAACAAAAACAAUUUACUUAGAAAAUUGAAUCAUAUUACAAUAGUUGAAAAUAUUUAAUCAAAAUGUUUAUGUACAAUGUUUGUUAAUUAAAAU